AUGUCUUCGUCAUCCUCUUCCAAGGCGGUAGCAGCGCCAUGGCGAUCUCUCUUCCUAGAGCACGUUUCGGGCAUGAAGCAAGCCCUGUUUACCUUCUCCACGCUUCACCCCAUCCCCUCUUCAGCCCCCAACGCCCCCAGCGUAGUCCCCCGGGCGAGGACUUGCGUCAUGCGUGGCGUCUGGGGCACGAUGCCGGAGAACGACAAGAACAAGGCGCCCCGCAAUCCGGAGGGCGUCUACGAAUCCGAUCUGCCCAUUUUCACCACCGACUGCCGCAUGGACAAGGUUCCCGAGAUCUUCGGCGGCUCCGGCCUGCACUCUGUGGGCAGCAGCGGCAGCGGCGGCGGCGGGGCCGUUGAGGCCGUGUUCUGGGCCACGGAGCCGCAGACACAAUGGCGCGUGCGGGGCACAGCGUGGGUGCUCGGCCCAGACAUUGAUGGCGAGGGAGGCAGGGCGGUGCGGGAGGCGUUGGAGAAGCGGAUGCGCACACCUACAGAUGGCGGAAAGGGCUCGUCGGAGGAGAGCUGGAGCUGGAGCCGAGAGAUAACGGGCCAUUUCGGCAACUUGAGCCCCGGGAUGAGGGGCACCUUCCGAAACCCGGCGCCGGGCACUCUCCGUUCUGUCCCGCCGAAAGAAGGCGAAGGUCUUGGCCAGAAAGUCGAGGACCUGGACGACGAGCUGGCCCGGACGAACUUCAGGGUGGUUGUUAUUGUGCCCACAGAGGUUGAUCAAGUCGACUUGUCAAACCCAGAGGAUGUCCGUAGAUACCUUUACACUUUUGUGGGACAGGAAGGGCGGACAGUUCAUGAGGGCGGCAAGAUCACUGGAGAGUGGGAGAAGGUCGAAUUCUGGCCUUGA